AUGACCGAGGUAUCUUCUACCAGGUUAUACCUGGGCAAUCUCCCGCGCAAUGCUACCAAGGCGGAUGUCGAGGCUCACUUCAACACUCAUGGUACCGGAGAGAUCACCGAGAUCAAGCUUAUGAAUGGCUUUGGGUUCAUCGAAUACAAGGACGCUAUGGACGCUCGUGAUGUAGUCCCUGCCUUCCACGGUUCGGAUUUCAUGGGUGAACGUCUCACUGUUCAAUUCGCCCGUGGCACCCGCAAUCGUGAUGCAUUUGCCGCUGCGGAGCGUACUGCUCCUCGCCCCAGACGUACUCCCCAUCGCAUGCAGAUCUCUGGACUUCCAGGUGAGACCAGCUGGCAGGACCUCAAAGACUUUGCCCGUCAAUCCAGCCUCGACGUUGUUUAUUCUGAGACCGGCCGUGACCGGGACGGCAGAGGCUUUGUUGAGUUUGAGACUGCGGCCGACUUGAAGACUGCAGUGGAAAAGCUUGACGGCCGUGAGUUCAAGGGUGUUCGUGUCACCUGCGUCGCAGAUACUCAACCGGAUAUCCCUCGCGACCGAGGUCGAUCCCGUUCUCCUGUUCGUCGACCCUAUCCGCCUGAUGACUAUGAUCGUCGUGCACCUCGCGGAUACAGCCCUCGCGGAUACCGUGAUAGGAGUCCGCCCCGACGGGGCCCCUAUUAUGACGAUGACCGCGGUCGCUAUGGUCGUUCUCCCCCACGCGCUCGCCCUCCGAUUGAUGAUUAUCCACCUCCUCGUCGGGGUGGCUUUGAUGACCCUUACCGCCGCGACUAUCCUCCUGCUGAUCCGUAUGUCAAUGGUCAUGGCAGACCUCCUUAUGACCGCCCUCCUCCAAGAGACUAUCCCCCAAGGGACCCCGGUUAUGCUGAUUAUGAUCGCCGUGGCCGUUACUGGUAACUUCUCCUGUCUGGAAACCUCUGCUUUCUCUCCAACUUAUAUUGAUAGAUUGCCUUCUAAAGGCAGAUGAUACGUUCUCCUGUAAUGACGCCGAAUGGGCUUCCUACAUUGGGCGUCCAAAAUCGGCUAUCGGAUAUUAUAGUAUGAACGAUUGUGAUGCCAUACACGAUUCUCUCUGACUGCUUUCGUUGUUUGUUUUCUUUGCUUGCCCUUUUCAGAAACAAGGCCCCAUCUUCUUAUUUCUAGGCGACACUGAGUGUACAC